AUGCGGACAGAGGGCAUUUUUCAAAGGUCAAAAAAGGAGAUCUUGGACAAGAAGGUUGAGAAGGUGACAAUCUCCUAUAGGCUCGUGUCUUCGCCCUGCUGCAUUGUGACCAGCACCUACGGCUGGACAGCCACCACGGAGCGAAUCAUGAAGGCCCGGGCACUUCGCGACAACUGCAUAAUGGGCUACAUGAUGGCCAAAAAGCACCUGGAGAUCAACCCUGACCACCCCAUCGUGGAGACCCUGCGGCAAAAAGCUGAGGCCGACAAGAACGACAAAGCCGUCAAGGACCUGGUAGUGCUGCUGUUUGAAACGGCUCUGCUCUCUUCUGGCUUCUCCCUGGAGGAUCCCCAGAUGCACUCCCACCGCAUCUACCGCAUGAUCAAGCUAGGGUCAGGCAUUGAUGAAGAUGAGGAGGCCUCAGAGGAGCCCAGCGCUGCUGUUCCCGAUGAGAUUCCCCCGCUGGCGGGCAAUGAGGAUGCAUCCCGCAUGGAGGAAGCCGACUAG